GCCGAGUCCAGCUGAAGCUCAGGAAGACCCUGAAGGGUCACCUGGCUAAAAUCUAUGCCAUGCACUGGUCUGCUGACUCCAGGCAAAUGGUCAGUGCAUCACAGGAUGGCAAGCUCCUCAUCUGGGAUACCUUCACAGGAAACAAGUUGGUCGCUGUGCCCCUAAAGUCAGCCUGGGUGAUGAGUGUCGCCUUUGCCCCCUCUGGAAACCUUGUGGCCAGCGGUGGUCUGGAUAACAUGUGCACAGUCUACAACAUCAAGGCUGCCAGCCCCAAGACCCUCAGGGAGCUGGACGCACACACAGGUUAUCUUUCCUGCUGCCGUUUCCUCAGCGACAGUGAGAUCCUGACAGCCUCUGGUGACACUACCUGCUGCCUGUGGGAUCUGGAGACUGGAAAGCAGAAGAUCGUCUUCACCAACCACAUUGGAGACUGCAUGUCUCUGGCUCUCUCCCCCGACAUGAACACCUUCAUCUCUGGAGCCUGUGAUUCUCUGGCCAAGCUGUGGGACCUGAGGGAAGGGGUCUGCAAGCAGACCUUCUCUGGACACACCAGCGACAUCAACGCCAUCGCUUUCUUCCCCAGUGGAAACGCCGUCAUCACAGGCUCUGACGACUGCAGCUGCAAGAUGUACGACCUGCGUUCUGACCAGGAGGUGAUCGGCUACCAGGACAGCAGCCUGAAUGCCGGUGUCACGUCUUUGGCUCUCUCCAACUCAGGCCGACUCAUCUUUGCAGGAUAUGACGACUUCAACUGCCACAUCUGGGACUCACUGAAGGGAGAGAAAGUUGGUGUGCUGUCCGGCCACGACAACAGGGUGAGCUGCACCGGCGUCCCCGAGGACGGCAUGGGCGUCUGCACAGGAUCGUGGGACAGCUUCCUGAAACUGUGGAACUGAGGCGUCCCUGCGGAGAAAAACACCCGGAGGAGAGAGAGGAGGAGGAGAAGGAGGAGAGGAUGAUGAAAAGGGUGAAGAUAGGAAGGAGAGGUUGACUGGGAAAUAAACUAGGAGACGAGCAAGGAUGAAGGAUAACUGGUGUGUAAAUUUGAGCUUCCUCUUUUCCUCUCCCUCUUCUCUUCUUCCUCAUUCAUGUAUGCAAAUAACGAGAGGCUGUGAGUGAGUCACGUUGUAUAAAUGGCAUCAGGUAAACAGUGCACGAUGCAUCCCGCUGUAUGUGCAAGGAGAGUUUUAUUGUUGUUGAGACGAUUUUAACCGCUGAAAAAAUAAAAAAUAGCGCAUUACUCAAAAUGAUUACAGAGCAGAAAAGAAGCUCUUAUUGAGAAUGUCACUUCUAGAUUUUCAACAAUAAAAAAGAGAAAGAGCACGUGAAUAUUGAAAAUAAGACUUUAGGUUUACAGAUUUAUUUUUAUUGUCUUUAAGAUCUUUGACCUGUAAAAGAGCCCGGCACUUAUUUAGAUAAAGGUUGAUAUGUAAAUUUAUUUGUAUUUUAUAGUUUAACACGUUAGCAUGGACAGUUCAUGUACAGUGUCUUUAUUUUUUCUUUUUUUUUCUUUUUUUUUUUUUGGGCUGCACAUAUCCAGAGUGUAUGUGUAUUUAUGUCAGCGCUUCCAUUUUGGUUCCCCUGCUAACAACCAGCAGACUUUGAUCCAAGAUGGCUGCCGCUUUUUCCCCUGGCUGACCAUGAAAAUCCAAUGAUGUACCAAGACUAGAGAAGGUUACGAGGUAAAGUCGGGCCGACUGCCAGUUACAAACUCUCUGUAAAGACCUGUCAACUGUAUUUUACUCCCCUGGGCUCAGCUGCAUUUUGUAGGACUUUUACACUUGUGCAGUUCCUCUGUAAAAAGACCAAAUGUUUGUUGAAAAUCUUUCUAAUAAACAUAGAAUUAUGCAUUAA